CUCAUUCAAUCCCAAACUGCUUACCACUACAUUAUCUAUCCAAAGCCAAUCCGGCCUAUUGCACAACCACGGAUGGGUAAAAUCCUUUUACAAAUUGAAACAUCUCAAGAGCACUAGUGUGCUCUAGGCCGUUCAAGUGCCUCGGAAGCCCUACUUACAUGAAACAAGACAGCUCUUUGCCUUGGUAAAUUGUGCUGUCCGAUCUUUUCUUGGAGGUUCAAGAACACUAGAUCAUAAGAGUACUUCCCCAUGCAAUAAUAUUUUCAGAGAUGAAAAUUCGCUGAACAUCAGCAUUAUCGUUUCCCUACAUAUAUAUAUCUUCCACAAUGGCGGGGAUUAGCAAUAACAGUGGAGCUUCGCAGUCGAAUACAGUGAUGGCUACUGGUCAAAAUCAUAACGAAAUACCGUCUGUUGUCAGCGAUGAAGCAAAGAAAGAGGAAGGAAGACCUUUAACUCCGGGGUCUAGUGCUGAAGCUGCAAUGAACGAAGCACUCGGUGGUCCCGAAUACACCAAUGAAGGACCUAUAAUCAAUAUAAUUGCCCCGCCCAGCGACACCAUCGAGGAUGUCCCAUCAUACCUCUCUGCCGAAGUAGCCGCAGACAAUGGCAAUGCCAUCUUCAACGCUACACCACAUCUCUCCUCGGAUUCCGACGACGCAACAACAAACGCUCCCCCACCUCCUCCGCCCUUCGAAAAACUAGCACAAAAGAACCCAAACCCUACAGAUCACCUAUCCAUCACAAUCGGCCCUCUUGUUAUCCUUCUAUUCGACAUCGUCAUCCCAUGCAUAAUCUACUACGUCUGGUUCGACAUCCACCGUUCGCGAUGGGCAAAAUCCUGCAAAGCAUACCCCAAAAACGAGUGUCCUCUACCCAAACCCGAAUACGACAAAGAUAUCCUCGGCUACGCCAUUAUCUGCUUCGGCUUCGGCGAGCUCUACAUCCUCAUCGUGCGCGUCGCUCGUCUUCUCAAACAUCGCGACCUAUGUGCUCCUCUUCUCUCCCGCUCAAAAUGGGAAUUAGAUGCCACAUCUUGGGUAUACGGUGUCUCUAUGCUCAUGGCAUUGAUUCCCUUUGUCGUAGGCAGCUCCCUCGAAAUCCCAGAACUGUAUCUCUAUUCUCCCGGUUUCCUCAUGAGUUUCCUCGGUAUCGUUAUGCUCAUCUCGCUUAUCCCCUUCAAACUCCCUAUCGGCAUCAAUUCCCACGCGCGAGGUUCGCCCAUACGCCCGUUCAUUUAUUAUGCGGCCGAAGAUUUUAUUGCCGUCGAUGGGCUCCAGGAUCGCGAGUUCCGCGUGAGAUUUAAUGCGCGAUAUGAUUCUUCCCCGGGCUUUCGACGCAUGUUUCUCCACUUGACCUUAUGGUGGCUCGCGGGCGUAUUGGUAUAUCUCGGUUGUCUGAGCGCGGUAAUAUGGUCCCUGGAAUUUCACUACGCUUUUGGUUUAUCCCUCGGUGUGCUGUUUGCCUAUUUAAUCAUUUGGGCUUUGGUGUCGUAUUAUUGGGCCGAUCGUGUAAUGAAGAGGGAACAGCGCGCGCAUGAUGAGCGCGUGGCGAAAUGUUGACGUGAUGAUUAAUUUUUUGGUUGGAUGGGUGCUGUAGAUAGAUAGAUAGAUAGUUGGUCAGAUGGAAUGGAAUGGAAUGGAAUGGAGCAUGGGUAUAUAUAUAUAAG